AUGGAGACUGUCAACAAAUACGUCACCGCUGCUUCAACUGCCAUUUGGGGCGAGAACGACUCCCCCAAGGCCCAGCAGCACGGCGAAGAGCCCAUCUCCGGUGUGCAAGGCAAAGGAGGAGCCACAGAUCCCUAUGACGGUGGAAACCGCGAUGAGCAACCUGGCGCAAUCAAAUCAGAUAUCAGCACCGCACCCUUGGAGCAAAUCUCAGACAACAAGCAAUCCAAGCCCCGAGAAACCGAGGUUACUAGCGUCACUACUCCCCAAGCACCGACCUCUAUCACCGCCUGCACCAGCAUCACUCCCGCUCUGUCCAUGUCUGGCGAGCCUGUAGAGAGCAGCGAAAGCAAAGAAAACAAGCCUAUUUCCAGCGGCGUAACAGAAUCCAGCGAAAGCAUCGACGGCAACUCGGAAAAGGAACAGCGCAGCACCUCGCAGGCCGAAGAUGGCGAGAGCAGCGAAACUGCCCGCCCAGCGCAUCCUCAGGACGUGAGCAAGGAGGCGCUUGAGGGUCCACAGGGUCCUGCGCCAAAAUCUGCCGAGGCCUUUGAGAAGGAGUCGAAGGGAAAGAAGCCUGUGGCUGAGGAUAAUGGCAUUGAAAAGAGUUCUUCGAGUGAAUCCAAGGAUAGUGAGAAGAGCAACGAGUCCCCUGCUAGCAACAAGUCCGAGCAGUCUUCCCAUGGUAGCGAGAAGGCUGGGAAGCAGGGUACCAUGUCAAAGGUGAAGGAGAGCGUCAAGAAGCACCUCCACCAUUCGAGCAAGUAA